GCGCUGACCAUAAAACAAGACCUACCUUGUGCAGUUGUUCAGGGAACCCAUCCAUUCAUCCUUUUUGACAAAAGAAAAAAGGAAACCCGUUUUUCCAUGACGUGCUUUUUUCAGGUUUUGGUGGAAAUGGGAGCAAGUUGGGGCCUAGGUUUUUGGUUUUUUUUUUUCAUAGUUUGUUUCAGGCAGUUUUCCAAAAAAGAUGAGGAAAUAGUUUCUCCUCCUCAAAAAACAAAGAAGUGUUUUUUUGGGGAAUGCCCUUCAGGUAACGAGAAUGUCAACAUUUGCCUGGCCUUUGAACGGAGGUUGAACUCUGCACGGAAAUUCAGCCAAGUUUUUUUCUCGCCAUGAUGCAAUGCGGGCUGGGAAAUUUUUACUAAUGUUUUUGAGAAGAUUUUGAAGAUAGGAACUUCCUCUUAGUGAAGGUAUAUCAGACAGGUCCUUCUGGACACAGGGAGAGAGAGACAGAGAGAGACAGAGACAGAAGCUGGCAGACCUGCGAUUUGGCGAAAGAUACAGGAUGACGUCUUCAGCUCCAUCUCUCCUGAUUGCCUGCCUUGUGAUGUCCCUCAACAGCUACACCCAGCAGGUCCUUUACUGCCCACCCACCCCUGCCCCAGAAAGCGUCACCGAGUUCGUCUGCAACUCUCCAUCUCUACGUGAAUUUCCCACCGGCUUCCCCGCACGAGCCAAGAGGAUCUCCGUUGAGUUCACCCAAGUCUCCAGCCUUGGCGUGGAGGCCCUCCAAGGUCUUCCAAACCUCCAGGAACUUCACCUCUCCAACAACAGGUUAAAAACUCUUCCGAGUGGCCUCUUCCGUAACCUCCCACAACUGCACACUCUGGAUCUCUCCAGAAAUCUCCUGGAAGAUCUACCUCCAGAGAUCUUCACAAAUGCAAGUAGCCUAACUCAUUUAUCCCUCAGUGAAAAUCAACUGGCUGAACUGCGCCCAUCCUGGUUCGAAACCCUGGAGGAACUCAGGAUCCUAGGCCUUGACCACAACCAGGUGAAGGAGAUCCCAAUUUCUUGUUUUGAUAAGCUGGAGGAGUUGACAUCUCUAGAUCUCUCAUUCAACCUCAUCCAUCGCCUCACUACAGGGAUGUUCAGUGGCUUAGACAAUUUGGAGAGGUUAGUUCUGGAAAGCAACCCAAUCCAGUGUAUUAUGGGGAGGACCUUCCAUUGGCGUCCCAAGCUGAGUGUGCUGUCCCUGAAGAACAGCAGCCUGACCAACAUAAUGGGCUUCUUUCAGCCAUUGGACCAACUGGAGCUGCUGGACCUCUCUGACAAUGAGCUCACCACACUGGAUCCUCCGGUCCACGAGCCGUCUGCCAAUCUCAGUCUUGAUCUUUCAGGAAACCCUUGGGCGUGUGACUGCCGCCUGGAGAAUCUUCUAAGAUGGCUCAAGGAUCACAACAUCCAUUUAUAUUCCAAAGAGGAAUUUGUUUGUGCUUCCCCCAAGCAUUUGAAGGGUGAAAGUGCAACUUCACUUCAUAGAUCCCAAAUUUGUCCCUGCUAAACUUUCAAGGUGGAUCUUUUCCCCACCUGUUACCUGAACAGCAGGAUUUCCCAGUUUGGGGCUAUUUCAAGGGGAAUGGACUUCAACUCCCAGAAUUCUCAGCAAUGGCCAUGAUGGCUAGGGAAUUCUGGGAGUUGAAGUCCACCUAGCUGGAUUUAAAGGCAGGGAGCCAGAAUAUGAUUGGGAAAAAAAAUUAAUUUUAGGGAGAAAAAGCUGCUCAGGAAAAGAUGUUCAGAAAUCCCAACAACAUAGGUAGUCCUUGACUUAAAACCGUUCAUUUAGUGACCUUUUGAAGUUUCAACAGCACUGAAAAAAGUGAGCUAUGACUGGUCCUUAUAUUUAUGACAAUUACUCCAUCCCAGGUGAUCACUUAAUCAAAAUUUGCAUAUCUUGCAACCGACAUGUAUUUAGAACAGUUGCCGGGUGCUGUGGUCAUGUGAUUGUCAUUUGCGACCUUCACAGCUGGCUUCUGAGAAGCAAUGUCUAGUAAAUAAAGUUCUUUAUGACCACUGAACAUCUGCAGUGGUUUACUUAGCAACUAUGCCCCCCCCCCCAAAAAAAGAGAGAGAUGCUAAGUAAGACAUGACUUGUCUAGUAUGGAAAUUCGGUCCCAAAUGUGUUUAUCAGUCAGGGACUACAAGUAUUUGAUUUUAAGGCUGUGCCUUAUGGAGGACACGAGGAACAAAAAUAGAAGUCUUCCUGUUGCUGGACAAAUAGUUAUCCUAGUCAGAGCUGUCCGUUUUGCUGUUAUUAUUAUCAUUAGCGUAAGGCAUAGUUACAUUAAACCAGGAGACUGUAACGCUAUUAUAGAAUAGGAGUAGCUGACAUGCACCUCCCAAGGUUCACCACAGGAGGGCGAGCUAGCUUCACACCAGAAAGAAAGACGAGUAGUUCUUCCUGCAGCAUUAUCCAGUUCCUCUCCUACCUCCACUGGGCAUUGCAAACGGGAAAGUGCAAAGCAGGCAGAAAUCUGAUUGCCUACACAGAGCACUAACUCACCUCCCACACUGAAGUGUACCUAUUUAUCUAUUCUCAUAAAGCAUGCUUUUGUGGACUGAAGCUAAGGCAAAUACGGGAUCCCAUGCAAUUCUAGGGCUUGAACCACUUGAGCAGAGACCAUCUCCAAGAUCAUUAAGUCCCUAAGUCAAUGUGCUUCUCUCUUCUGUUGUUGAAUAAACUCUACUUCUACUGCAA